AUAAGACAUGCGCCACUCACAAAUAUCAGUCCACCAAACCCUUCAGUAGAGCAGACUGGAUACUUUCUCUUAUAUGUGAAGGCUUCAGGUUAUUUGUUGAAAUAUAGCCGUCUUGAGGAAAAAAAGGAAAAUAAACCGCACAGCGCACAAGCAGGUUGUUUACCGGAUCAGCCAGUGACAUUGGCAGUCAUUUAAACUGAUCAAUAAUACAUUGGUAGUGGUCGCACGGUCACGGACGGUGAAAAUGAAUAAACCUGCUGGAGAUGGUUUAUUAAUUUAGAUGGGAUUCGGCUGCCGGUGGAGUAAGCAGUCACAGUCUGCUGUGUGAGAGAUAUAUCGACAUUGGGUUCGCUCAGACGGAGGGAGUCAGAGCCACUGUGCUGGUAUCGCGGCGCGAGGACACAUGGGUCGACAACAGAAACGCGUGUUUUAAACACGAGGAAUCACACACGGACAGUUAUGGGCUCAGUUCUUGACAUUUCUGCGUGUCGAUAUUUCCUUACUUGGAUUUUUGGAGACGUUUCGUGUUACGUCCAUUGCUGAAAGCGGGACUGCGGACGAAAUUGUAUUCGCUCGUUCUUGCAUUUCAACCUCAUGCGGACUCUCGUGUGGACUUAUGCUGCAAUAGACACGCGGAUCUGCGAAGACGAGCUUGCAUCAAAGGUCGUGUUAAAAUGCGAGCUGUAUUAUUAUUUUGACGCGCGUGCGAGUGCGAGUGCGAGAGUUGAACAAUUACCGUAACUCAACAUGCCUGAUUGUGUAUCGCGAAUUUUGUUUUUGCGUUAAUUUUCCGGACUGCCUCGGGAAGAUAGCUGGCUCUUCGUUGUUCAUUUGCAUGCAUCUCCACGAAGAAGAGGAGAGGGAAGAGAAAACGACAGUUAAACGGCCGAAGGACGUGAAGAAUGAAUGAGAUUCUGUGAAGAACGGGAGGAAUCGCAGUAAGGUUCUUCAUCAGUGAGAGGGCGUGAGGGAAGGAGUGCCCCACAUCGAAGCGCCCGCUGACCCUCCUCCCCGCCAGCACCCUUCGCUCCGUCCGCAGCAUGGCUCUCUCUCUCUGGAUCCUCUUCUCCUGCACUGUCGCCCUCAGCAGCAUCCGUCCCUCUUCACAGGCAUUAAGUCGCUCCGCAAUGCCGUUUGGUCUGAUGAGGAGGGAGUUGGCAUGUGAGGGGUACCCCAUCGAGCUCCGCUGCCCCGGCAGUGAUGUCAUCAUGAUCGAGACAGCCAACUACGGCCGCACCGAUGACAAGAUCUGUGACGCCGACCCCUUCCAGAUGGAAAAUGUACAGUGCUACCUGCCAGACGCUUUUAAAAUUAUGUCACUGAGGUGUAACAACCGGACUCAAUGUGUGGUGGUGGCUGGGUCUGAUGUUUUUCCGGACCCCUGCCCAGGGACCUACAAGUACCUGGAGAUCCAGUAUGAAUGUGUGCCAUACAAAGUGGACCAAAAAGUCUUUGUUUGUCCUGGGACUCUGUUAAGGGUGCAGGCAGCUAGUUUGCUGCAGGAGGCAGAGCAUCAGUCGGGGGCAUGGUGUAAGGAUCCCCUGCAGUCUGGUGACCGCCUUUACGUCAUGCCCUGGACUCCGUACCGAACAGACAUGCUUUACGAGUAUGCUUCGUGGGAGGACUUCAAGCAGAAUCGAGCCACGACCACCUACAAGCUGCCAAAUCGCGUGGAUGGAACAGGCUUCGUCGUGUACGAUGGGGCUGUAUUUUACAACAAGGAACGCACGCGCAACAUCGUGAAGUACGACCUGCGCACGCGCAUCAAGAGCGGAGAAGCCAUAGUCAAUAAUGCCAACUAUCAUGACACGUCGCCGUACCGCUGGGGGGGCAAAUCUGAUAUUGACCUUGCGGUGGAUGAAAACGGUCUAUGGGUUAUCUACGCCACAGAGGCCAACAAUGGAAGGCUGGUGGUCAGUCAGGUUAACCCCUACACCCUACGCUUUGAGGGAACCUGGGAGACGAGCUUCGAUAAGCGCCUGGCGUCAAACGCCUUCAUGGCGUGUGGCGUUCUGUACGCCGUGCGCUCCGUGUAUCAGGACGAUGACAGCGAGGCGGGUGGAGAUCUACUGCUUUACGCCUACAACACCAACCGAGCACGGGAGGAGCCCGUCAGCAUCCCCUUCCCCAACCCGUACCAGUAUGUCUCAUCCGUAGACUACAACCCACGAGACAACCAGCUGUACGUCUGGAAUAACUAUAAUGUGCUUCGCUACCCCCUGGAAUUCGGCCCGCCGGACCCCACCGCUGGUCCACCAGUCACCACACUGACGAGCAGUAGUACCACCACCACAGCAAGACCCGUCACUUCCAGCUCCAUCCCCUCCACCAUGCGACCUUUGCCCCCCACUGCUCACCCGAUAGGGGCCAUCAACAAGGCGCCAGACCUGAGGCCCAUCACCGCCACUGUGCCGGUGACCCGCAGACCGCUGAGGGUCCCACCCCAAGGCCCGGAGCUCCAGGGAUGCGAAGCCCGCGUGGCCCGAGGGGUGCAGUGGCCCGCCACCCAGAGAGCAGAGACCGUUGACAGGCCGUGUCCUAAGGGAUCGCUGGGAAUCGCCUCCUUCCAGUGUCUGUCGUCUCCUGUGAUGUGGAAUCCUCGCGGUCCUGAUCUGAGUAACUGCACCUCGCCGUGGGUCAACCAGGUGGCUCAGAAGAUAAAAAGCGGUGAGAACGCAGCAAACAUCGCCGCCGAGCUGGUGAACCACACGCAGGGCCGUAUUCACGCUGGUGAUGUCAGUUCUUCAGUCAGACUCAUCGAGCAGCUAUUGGAUAUAUUAGAUGCUCAGCUGCAGGCCCUCAGACCCGGGAAUAAGGAAUCCGCAGCCAGGAACUACAAUAAGUGGCAGAAGAGAGAACGGACCUGCCGGGCUUACGUUCAGGCGGUGGUGCAGACUGUGGAUAAUCUCUUGCGUGCCGAGGCUUUAGAGUCAUGGCAGGACAUGAACAGUACCGAACAGGCUCACACCGCCACCAUGCUGCUGGACGUCAUGGAGAAAGGGGCCUUCCUGUUGGCCAACAACAUGUACAACAACCACUUCUCAGACCACGCUGCCAACGUCGAUCUGGAGGUGCGUGUACUGAACACAGAGACGGACUCUCAGGACUUGUUUUUCCCUCAGAACGGCCCCAGCGACAGCAGCAUCCAGCUCUCAGCGUCCACAUUCAAACAAUACAGCCGGAAUGGUCAGGUGAAAGUAGUCUUUGUGCUCUAUAAGAAUCUGGGUUCCUUCCUCUCCACCGAAAACGCCACCGUGAAGAUGGAGAUGGAGGCGGGGCCUGGCGGGCGGGGCCUGGCGGUGAAUUCGCACGUCAUCGCCGCAUCCAUAAAUAAAGAGUCCAGUCGAGUGUUUCUGACCGAGCCUGUGGUGUUCACACUUAGACAUUUACAGCUUGAGAAUCAUUUCACCCCAAACUGUUCAUUCUGGAACUACUCGGAGCGUUCGAUGACGGGCCAGUGGUCGUCGCAGGGCUGUCGGCUGAUGGAAACUAACAGCACGCACACAACGUGCUCUUGUAGUCAUCUGACCAACUUUGCGGUGCUGAUGGUACACCACGAACCUGAUUAUCCUGGCAGGAUGCAUGAGUUGAUUCUCUUUGUGAUCACAUGGGUGGGAAUUGUCAUUUCUCUGGUGUGUCUUGCUAUCUGCAUCUCCACCUUCUGCUUCCUGCGAGGCCUGCAGACCGACCGCAACACCAUCCACAAGAACCUGUGCAUCAACCUCUUCAUCGCUGAGCUCCUCUUCCUCAUCGGCAUUGACAAGACGCAGUACCACAUCGCGUGCCCCAUUUUUGCAGGUCUGCUGCAUUUCUUCUUCCUGGCUGCGUUCUCCUGGAUGUGUUUGGAGGGUAUUCAGCUUUAUCUGAUGCUGGUGGAAGUCUUCGAGAGCGAGUACUCCCGGAAGAAAUACUACUACCUGUGUGGCUACUGCUUUCCCGCCCUGGUCGUGGGCAUCUCUGCAGCCAUCGACUACCGCAGCUACGGGACUAAGAAAGCGUGUUGGCUGAGGGUGGAUAACUAUUUCAUCUGGAGCUUUAUCGGCCCUGUGUCCUUCAUUAUCAUGUUAAACCUGGUGUUUCUCAUGAUAACACUUCACAAGAUGAUCCGUAACUCAUCCGCCCUCAAACCCGACUCCAGCCGUCUGGACAACAUCAAGUCCUGGGCUUUAGGAGCUAUCGCUCUGCUUUUCCUUUUGGGUCUGACGUGGGCCUUUGGUCUGCUGUUCAUCAAUGAGAACACCGUCAUCAUGGCAUACCUCUUCACCACCUUCAACGCCUUCCAGGGCAUGUUCAUCUUCAUCUUCCACUGCGCUCUGCAGAAAAAGGUGCAUAAGGAGUACAGCAAGUGCCUGCGUCAUUCGUACUGUUGCAGUCGGACCUCCACCACCAGCUCUCAUGGAUCUCUGAAGAACUCUGCCUUGCGUACCAACAACCGCUACUAUACUGGCAGCCAGGCGCGCCAUGCAGCGGCACAUAGACAGAGUCGAAUUCGGCGCAUGUGGAACGACACGGUGCGGAAGCAGACGGAGUCGUCCUUCAUGGCCGGAGACCUAAACAGCACUCCCACCCUAAACCGUGCUACAAUGGGAAACCAUCUUCUAGCCAAUCCCGUGUUGCAGACCCGUGCAGGCACCUCCCCCUACAACACCCUGCUGGCCGAGACGUUUACUCCACCCUCACCUGGAGUCUUCAACUCCACCGGGACCUUUCGCGACCCGAAGAGCACGCUGUCAAAGAAUCGAGAUCAUGGAGGCAUGGAGACUCUACCUCUAAAUGGGAACUUCAACAACAGCUAUUCCCUGCGGAGCGUGGGCGGUGUCGGUGGUCCUGGGGGCAGCUGCGACUUCCUCGGAGGUGGUGACAGCCCCCCUCCGUUACUCAACCCGCGAGGUUCGGAAACUCUCGGCGGCAUACGGCGGAACCUCUCGGACGCAGCGGCGUUCGAGAAGAUGAUCAUAUCUGAAUUAGUGCACAACAAUCUGCGAGGGGGAGGGGCCGGGGGCGGAGACAGAACGUGUGGCAGCCUGGCCAGAGGACACGGCCACAUGGGCAUGGGCCGGAUCGGGGGCGUGGCCGAGCCAUCGAUAGGCAUAGAGGACGACGGAGAUUUCCGUUCGAUGGAAGCGCGCCAACGCAUGCCGCAGGACGUGGAGCUGCUCUACAAAGCUCUCGAGGAGCCCCUGCUGCUGCAGCGAGCGCAGUCCGUGCUCUACCAGAGCGACCUCGAGGAGUCCGAAAGCUACACAGCUGACCUGACCGAGAGUUUGGGCCACAGCGGUCAAAGCGCGGCCGGCCAGGGCCACAACGGAGCCUCCGGUUCGCCUGCGCGGGACUCGCUCUACACCAGCAUCACUAACCUGCGAGAUUUGCCCUACCCCGACAGCAGCCCGGAGCCACUAGAGGUGGUUCCGCGCUCGGCCCAGCCCCCAGAGGAGCUCUACUACAGCUCUGGCCGGCCCGCCAUAGGCUCCCGCGGAGCCCCAAUGCAGACCUUCUACCAGGCUCCGCCCAGGAGACCUAGCACUGAAGCCCACCCCGCAGCCCCCGAGCCCACCCACAGCGAGGGAGAUGGACAAAUGCAGUUGGUCACCAGCCUGUGACCACGAGGAAGAGGAGGAAGCGCACCACAGGGUUUGACGCCAAGUGCCGACGAUGAUGGAUUCCUCUCCUGUCUCUGAUGCCCUCCCUAUGUCUGGUUGCUUUUUUACACUUGCGUUUGUUUUGAAGCGAGAUGUAAAGGAAAGCCUACACAGGGAGAGCGAGAGAGGUUCGUCUCCAUGGCAGCCAGUGUAACCGCUCGAACUCUCUCAUCAGCAUCGUUUUCUCUUUUGUAUGCUGACAUAUAAAAACAGCAAGUCCGACUAUUUGCCUUCUCUCAAUGGACCUUCGUCUCUCUAUUCCGAGAUUACUCUCAACUGUGCCGUGCCCAGGCCUGUAUGUCUGUGUUUAUUUAACACAAAAAAAUGUUGCUUUUGUAAUUCCCAACCUUCUCUUUCUUUUGUCUCUAUCCAUCAUUAUUUGAUGAGAGCUGUUACGUGAGAAGAUGGCUGAACGCCAUUAUACUGCAACGUGACAAAAAAUCUCUCGGAAAGCUCUUCAGUGUUGCCAAAAAUAACCGUUUUUGAGCCAGAACACAAACUGGAAUCUACACACAACACACACUGUCUCACAGAAGUGCUUGUUACUGAACAUCAAGAGUAUGAACACAUGCUCUCGGAGAAAAGACAACAAGGACUUUUGUUCAGAAACAGGUAGCGGGAAGCUGCCGCAGUGGAGUUGCCUUUAUUUCUUGCUCUGAACUCACUCUUCUGUAUAGAACAACCACAGAGACGGGGAAGCGAGGGGGGUUAAGACACAACCGCUCGACCACGGGACCUCUAAGAGCAAUGAACGAAACUUUGUCUGUGUUUUGUUCUGACUUAUCUUAGAACCACGGAUGAGGGCGGAUGAAAGACUGGCCCUGAUUCACCGCCGGAUGUUUAGGUGGACUACAUGCUGUUUCACCUACUGUGGCUCAAGGAUUUUUUUGCAAGCGCUCCAGCCGUUCUUCGAGUCUGUACAUACAAACCACACGAAAGUAAAAGCGAGUCUUAUACUCAUCUCCUGUACAUAGACGAACAAAAGCAACAAAAAAAGUAUGGAGUACUCCGAAAGAAGAAACCUUUCUUGUACCGCAACAGCAAUUGAAACGAGUCGACAAAUAAAGCUGUUUUGAAGUUUGCGACCUGAACGACAAUGCGAUCUCUCUCCUUCUUUCUCGCGCUCUCUCCGGCCCUCAUUCGCUCCUGCCCCAGAGCGCCGCAGUGCCAGAAAAUUUAAUUGUCUGCCAAGAGACGGUGAGAGAGAGCCGGAAAGACGGAAAGAGGAGGAUUUUACAUACAAACGAGAUCAAUUCUGGCACAAUUUUUAUGUAAGAUAACCCAUUAUAUGUCGGUAACGUUUGACCUUCAACAUUCCCAGACAGGAAGUGCUUAAGGUGAACGCCAGGGGAAUACACUGUGCCUCAGGGGUGCACCGGUGCAUUGUGGGUUGCCUGACAGCAGCCGUGAUGUAGCGCUGGUUAUGUUUAAUCUGGAAGAUGUAACGGAUAUCAGACGACUGGAUGAAUUUAGACGAAGAAAAAACAAAAGCAUCGGGGACAUAUUCCCAAACAUUUCAGUCGCCAACCCUAGAUUGUAUUUGACUGUUUUUACAUACCAAUAUCAACUGUUGUUUCUGAAACCGGUGUGACGGUUGAUUUGCAAUUUGUAUGUCUACGUCUGAACGUCUGAAUGUGAAGGUUCGGAUGCCUGUGAAUCAAGAGUACGUGUGCGUGUGUAUCUCAGAGGCUAUUUUUACUGGUUUAGAUGAACACGUAUUAGCUGAACAGGGAAGCAAAGUAAAUCUAUAUCUAUAUAAGAGCUCGGUAGAAGCUUCCAGACUUUGUUAAAGAUAUUUUAAGCGUUGUUAUUUUGAAACGUAAAAAGUCAGAGUUGGCAUUCAGCGAGCGACGCGAACGUCUGACCAAUGAGACGCGGCCUCUGCGGGUUAUGCAAAUGAGCUCCGUAGCCUAUUGAACAAAAGAGAGGUAUUUAUGAGCGCUCCACCCUUCCGAAGAUCCGUUUCAUGUUUGAUGUUUUAUUUAUUAAUAUUUAUUUGUCUGUUUGAUUGUUUAUGCACAUAUUCAUUUAUUCAAGUGUGGUUUUCUUUCUACGGAGCAUGUGUGAGGAUGAUGAGAGAUGGGGAGCAGGGGGGAAUAUACAUGUUUAAUGUGAGUUAGCGAUAGAGGCGAGGCGUCGGUGUGAAGCUAGGCUCCAGCGGGCUCGUUCUGAGUUCGGAGGACACGGACGGGCUGCUACACUCACUGUCAGAGGUGGAUAACAUCGUGCAUCCCGAAUCAACCGCCUGUCAUUCCAAACACCACCUGUUCUCUCUCCAGUCUCCACACUGCGAGAAGUCAUUCUUUUUGACCUGCGUUCCAGUAAAAAUAUCAAAACCUUCUUGAAACAAGAUAAAUAUACUUGAGAAGCAAAACCGCUCGGUUUUAAGACCUCUCCCACGGCUCUCUGGUGUACUUGAUACUGAUUGGUCGAUCUUAGCAUUGUGCGGUCAAAUAUUUUCGCAUAAUGACAGUUGCCGUAAUAACUAUAAUUGAUAAUAUAUAUAAUUCAUAAGGAAAUCAUUUCAACUAUAUUCAUGUUUUAUGUCUAGUUAUGUAUUUAUUUAUGUACGUUCCUUUUUUACAAAAGAAAUCCUUUCAGGGUGAUGCAAGAUCGUUUGACAAAUCCUGAUCAUCCUGUCAGGCUUUAUUAUUUACAAUGAUAACCACAUUAUUUCUCACUUUGUUUUCAGAGAUUUUGGUUCAUUACACCAUUAACAAAUGCUUUUAUAUUUAUGUUAAGCGCAAAUCUACAUUUACGUAUUUACAUUUAUAUGACUUGCGGUGCAUUCAGGGUAUCCAUUUUAUCAGUACAGAUUGUGUGUAUCAAAACCCCCAUGACCUUUGCACUCCACACUGAGCUAUGGGAACAAAUCUAGUAAAAUUCGGGGUGGUUUAUGCUUUGCCAAUAAAAAACAUUCAAGUUUACAGCAAGAUCUUAUUCAGUAUUCUUGUGAUUGUCAUUUUUGCUUCUCAAUGUAUCUUCUAUAAUUUUCAUAACAAGAAUGGUGAAAAACGUUUCUUGAAGUGUAUAUCGCUCUUCUGUAAGUCUUCUAAAGGGACGUAUGUGCAAUCCGUUGCAUUGUGACUAUAUUAAUUGACAUAUUUUGUGCAUUUCUUCCGGCCAGCGGGUGGUCAGUACACCCUGUCUUACAUUUAGUCACCGGCGUGUUCGCCAGCUCUGUUUUAUUUCUUGCUCUUCUUGCAAAAACGUUUCAUGUUGAUGAGUAAGACCAGCUUUGACUGGUCAGCAGGUUUGACCGUUUGAAUGUAUUGUCAUAACACACAAUGUAAAACUGUCUUUCUAAGGUUAAGGUGCUCUCUAAACUCCUGAGUCAUGGCCCUCUGCCCACCUGGCCCAACGCGCUGCUGUUUUACCCCGUUACCCUGCUGCAUUGGUUGCCGGGGGAAACGUCUGUUUACCUCCCUCCCUCCCUCCCUGGAGAAGCCCGACGUGCGUCACAUUUCGUGUCGCUUUCUCCCCUCGCUGGGUUUGUUUCCCAUCAUCCUUUCUCGCCUCCGUCGUUCCCCCACUUCCUCACCGAUCUGUUUUUGCACGGCUUCCCGGCUAAGCAUUAAUGUGGGAAGAUUUGUUAUGUUAGUCAAGGCUUUGUUUACACGGGACUGAAGGGAUAAUGUAGUGCAGUGCUGAAUAUGGUGAUAAUGACAGUGAUUAUGCGCUGUAGUAAACCGCUAGACUAAAGCCCGCUCCGAGGGACUGCUACCACAUCCAAAAUCCCCAUACAACCCCUGAUUAUCAUAAUAAUACUAAGAGCUAUAAUCUAGCCGAGUCAACCCACCGUGUGCUCGCGCGCCGGGUCUCUCCUUUUGUCUUUACUCCCCUCUCGCUCUUUGAGAGCACUCGGAUCCGAUAUGAAAGAAGUCGCCCUGUUCUGCUCUGCAUAUCGGCCUCAUUUUCUACACUUUGAAAUGGAGAGCUGGAGAGGUAGAGCACGGGUAGACACCGGAGGAGGGUUUCUUUCAGGAUUAUUUUUGGACAAAGACCCCAUGAAAUCACUUGACUUAAACUUGUCUUUCCCAUGUUGGCGCGUUUUCUGUUGAACAUGUUGACGUAUCCAAGAGCCUUUAUUGUUUAUAUUUUAGCCAUGAAGUAUGAUUUAUUUUAUAUUUCUCAUUUGUGACAGGUGGCAUUUGCCAUUUACGCUUUUAUCCAAAGCGACUUGCACUGCAUUCAAGCUAUGCUUUUUUGUCCGUAUUUGUGUUCCUGGGAAACCAGUUGAGCUACAGGAAAACUAAUUUCUUCAUUGUAUUGGUCCAAAUUUUGGACACGCCUUUGAGUGCAAGAUGAUGUCAUCAGUACCUUAGCUCAGUGGUUCUCAAACUGGGGGCCCCCAAGAUGGUUCCAGGGGGCCACAGAUUUUGUGGCAUUUUAGAAAUAUAAAUAUUUAUGAUACAUUUUGUGCAAUCAAACAUCAGAAAAACAACACCACCAACCAAAAGAAUUUAUGUUUUAGCAUCGUUUAAUUGAAUAUUUUCUUGGUUUAAUUAUAAUUUUAAGUUUAAGAUUAUAAGUCUUUAUUUGGGGGGCCGCAAAGCAAUGCACUUUACACAAAGGGGGCCUUACAACAAAAAAGUUUGAGAACCACUGCCUUAGGUGCAUUUUCUUGACUUUUAAAUGCAGCUAAUGCUAGUAUACUAGCAUACACAUAGCCUCAAAGUCUACAGACAUGAACUAAAAGGCCCAAAAGUCCAAUGUUGAUCUCAUGGUGUCUUUAAUAAUGAAACACACAAGGGGCAGAUCCAUCUGUAGAACAAUGUGAAUAACAGGUGUUCCCAUUCUGCUGAAAUCUGUUGAGUUCCGCGGGUACAGAUUCCACACAGGCCUGUGGACAGAGGAACUGUGAAAGUCCUCUAUCCGCACAGGUGCCAUCACAGCGGCCUGCGCUCCUGUGCUCUGACAGUCUGUCAGCCCGCCGUCAGUGCUGUCCUCAGCUGGGGCCUGGCACCAGAAAACCAGUGUCAUGACCUCCUAUCACGAGCUAUCCCCCUCUGUGGCACACGAGAGUCGCUUUUAGAGCCACAUUUUGAUUUGAUGUUCAGCUAGUAGGAUAGAAAUAAUAAAGAGAGAAAGAGAUGACCAAGUCAUUCACUGCUGUCAAAACGACAUGAAGCAUCAGCCCUGUGCAGUGCACCCCACCACACCACCUCAGCUGUACCGUGUCUGACAGCAAAGAGACCCCCUGGGGUUAUACGACAGUCACUGAGCGAUCAACACCUUCCAUUUUACACCACCUCAGCCACACAAGAAGCAAAGGAGAAACUUUGUCUAAACAAGACUCACUUGCCUCUUUUCCACUGAGGACAUCACAUGUUUUGUAACAGUCUGAGGUCAUUUACAUGCAUAUAAGUAAAGUUCAUAGCAAUUAAAGCAAUUAGGCACAAGAACUAUGUGGUCACACCUGUAGUAAAAUGAAUCUAACACAGUUUUGAGUGUUUUUUUUUUUUGCUUCUAUCAAUUAUGUCAACCGCAAUAUAAAAAAAAAACUUGGAAAUUUGUUAAAUGUAUUAAUAAAAGUUCUUCCACCAAGUAUUAUGACAGCAUCAUAAAGAACAUGUUGCAUUAAACGAAGUUUGAGAACAGGUGUGUUUAAUGGCACAAAUGACAUCACACAAGGCUCAUCUAAUCAGAAAGUGUUUUAUAAAAAAACGGCCACCUUAAAUGAUCUUACUAUAGACCAUUUUGCUAUAUGUAAACAACAUUGGUCCAGAAGCACUUCCUGUUUUAGUUUUGUAGCACUAAAGAAAACCGACAGAAUAUUUAAGGCUGAAUUUAAAGGUCCAGUGUAUGAAUUUUAGCACUGUCUAGUGGUGAGGUCGCGAAUUGCAACCAACGGCUCACUCCACCCCUUCACUUCAAAACACUACGGUAGCUGACAAAGGACUAAGAUGUCUUCACCUUUUGGCUUCUUGAGAAAACAUAUUCACGAAACGCACUCUGUAGAGCAGUUUGUCCAUUAAGGGCUACUGUAGAAACAACAUGGAGAAUUCCAUGUAAGGGGACCCGCGGUGUAUGUAGAUAGAAAUAGCUCAUUCUAAGGUAAUAAAAACACAACACUUCAUUAUGUAAGGUCUUUAUACACCUCUGAAGACCUAGUUAUGUGUAUUAGAUUUCUGUCUAUAGAUCCUUUAAAAAAAUGACACACUGGACCUUCCAUUGUUAUACAGUAUAUGUGAAAUAAAGGCUAAAAACCAAAACAGGAAGUGCUUCUGGACCAGUGUUGUUUACAUCUUGUAAAAUGGUCUAUAGACAGUUUUAUUGUUGCAUUGGUCCAGAACUGCCAAUCCUUUAAUAGUACCACUCAGAUUGGUCACCAUCUUUGUUCUCCGUGGAUAAGGGGUAACUGUCACAAACAGGGUUGAAGCAGGCAAGAAACUUGGCUUGACAUAUAAACACUAUUAAAGUAGUAUUAUUUUGUUAUCGGUCUCUUGUUGUGCGUCUAUGCUAGAAUCAGCACCUGUACCAUAGUUUUACAGUAAGCAUAUGUUAGACCGUGACACCUCCCUUGUGGGGAGGUUUGUGCUGUUACCUUCCCGCGUUGACCGGCCGCCUGUCAGUCUUAUACAGUCUUAUAACGGCUCGGUCGAGCAGGGUUAGACCAGAACAUAGAUAUCUGGCUCCCAAAACAGUGUUCCUACAUUAAUCCUAAAUCAAAGACAUGCACAGGGCCUUGACUGGGGGGGUUGUACUCUGUACAGAACUUUCAAGAGGAUAUAAAGAUGGAAAGGGGAGGGAACUUUUGCAAGUUUAAGUUGUCCAAUUUGAAGAAACCUGGGGGUUGCUUUAGAGCAUUUUUUUUGGCAUGCCUUUCAAUGUUUGCAGAUUUAUGUUUGACCCACAGAGACAGGAUUGGGUUGGGCGAGCUCUCAGAAGGUGAAAAGGGUGUAAACCGGUCUUCUAAAACAAUCACCCGUGAAUGUAUUAGACCUUCUUAGUUGAUGUGAUAUGGACUAUCAUAUAUGAUCGGUCAGUAUUAGACAUUGUAUAAGAUAAGAUAGAGGUGCAUUGAUGGAGAACACAUAAAGUAGUCAUCAAAGGCCAGUGUAAUGACCUGGUUAGGUGUCAAUGAAGCUACACGUGUUAUUUGAUCUGUUCUGAUCGUUUCAUUUGAUUUUAACCUCUGGAUUUAAUUCUGAUGCUUAGGUCCCAUGUAACAGGUGGAUUACUUGUUUUUAUUAAAGGAUGACGUGUGUUUUAUUUCUCACAAUCAUUGCUUUGACAGCUGUCUGGGCCAAAGGGGGUGGUUUUAUGUAAGCGUUUGCGUAAUUGCAGGUCAGUGCGACUCUGUAUCAGCACAUAUUAAUAAAAAAUUACUAAAACUGAGCAUCGGGCAUUUCGUGUUAAUUUUUGUGACGAGUCAACUCGCUUGUUAAGGGGGCAGAAUUUGCCAAGGGGUCUUAAUGGUACAACUGUUUUAAGUCGUUUUUCAUUAUUAUUAACUGCAGGAUGUUCAUUUUCAUGGGUUUAAAUGAAAGAUGUGUGUUAUGAGAGAGAAUUAAACAUUUGCAUCUAAACCACUUCUUUUCCUGGUUAAAAACGAACUUGGCAGUGUAGAAAAUACCCCCCUUUACCCCAAUAUAGUGCAGUGUUUGAGGGGACAUCCUUUUUAGUGGUAUCCGAAUUCAUAGCAUACUCAUUCAAUCCCAUGAUGCAUCGCACUAACGACAAUCGAUGUGUGCUCACGGCUAGCUGCUAGCCAUCCAUCGUGAGCCUCGCGCUAAAUAUUUUCACCACACUGAGUGUCUGAAUUCACUCAUUUCUUUUUAACCACUUUAUGAAGUGGACUUUAUAAGUGAAGUAGUGUAGGAAAUAAGGCUAUAGGGGGCGAUUUCGGACACAGCCCUUAAUUUUUAAAGUUCUAUGAAUAUGCAACAACUGAAUGUAACAUUUUUGACAAGCCAAACAUGUCACUGAAUAAAUGUCUAAUUGAUUUAAGCCACGAAAUAAUCUCUUUUCAUAAAAAAACGUUUCGAUUGUGUCCGGCAUGUUUUAUAAUUACCCAAAAAUCAAAAGUAUAGUUCAGACCUUACAUGCAUUAUCACGUCAAUCAAAAACUUCGUCUGGCUGUCGGUUGGAACAUUAGAAAUAAAAACAUCGACAUAACACAAUUCUGGACAUCAUCAAUCACUUCCCUGAAUAUUUGCACUGAAUGUAAUAAAUAAAUAAUAUUUACCUCAUCAUCCACCUGUUAUCUAAAAACUUAAAUAUCACAACAUUAUCUGUCAAAAAAUGCAUGAUACAAAGAAAUAAUAAACAGAGGUCCAGGGAGUUCAGACAAUUAUCAAAGUUAAAUAAAAUGAUGUUUAGUUUUCCAAUAAAAUAUCCCACCGGCCUACAUUAUUACUACUCUCCAUUACCUUUGUCUCCUUUUUGUCACCUUAACUUACAAUCUUAUUAAAUGCACUUUUACUGUUCAUUCUGUAUCUAAAUACUUUCAAUCACCGUUUUAAAGUGGCAAACAAAUAUAUAUCUAGAUGAUUUGUUGAAAUAAGCCUCAGCAGGUCAUCCUAUUUCACAGAAAAGCUACAUUUAACCUCCUUUGUGUAGUCAAAGAUGAGCCAACCGCUCUCUAUUCACUUUUACAUGCUCUUGAACUGUGCGGAUGAGGCAUCUGAAUUUGUUUUAUGCAGCUCUCUUUUCUGCCUUAAAAAUGGUGGGAAAGAAGGCUGGUGUAAGGAAAAGUGCAUUAGUAUGCAUCUGGCGCCCACUCAGGGUACAUUAUCAGUUGGCCAACGCACCCACUCACCUUGGACCGGCACCAAAUAGGCCCGUGUUGACGCAGACGGGCUCGUUCGACAGCAAGAUCCCACAUUUUUGAGGGACUAAAGGUGCACGAGAGUUUCGAUGUGUGUUGAUGGUGAAGGAAAAUAAGAAAAUGAAAAUGUUCCUCUUCACUCCUCUUCAGCGUAUUGUGUUAAACAGCAGAAAAUGAAGAGGCUGGAGGUGAGGAAAGCUCAGUAAAUUAAUGAAACUAAUGGCUUUCACUUUGCCUCCGCUGUCUUUUGUCUGCGAGGCUCGGUUUGCAGAUGAAAAGCAGUACACAGGAACAUCCAUUUAAAAAGGCUUAUGAAAGAUCACCCUUAGUGAUUAGUGUGUGUGUGUGUUUUCAGAGUUUUCUUGUGUAUUUCAGAGUUUGAGAGUGUAUUUUUCAGUGUGUAUUUUGGAUUUUGUCAUUAUAUUUUCAUGGUCCUCCCCGAGGCUGUUCGCUGCUGAGUCUGGUCAUAUCAUCUUGGUUGCGCAGUAAGAGGCCUAAGAGCUUUUUAAUUCAUUAUCAUACUUUGUCCCGCUGCACGAUUGUGUUACAUGCCUUCUUACAGAUUUACUGAGAGUUUGGGAACAAAAACAAGCGCCAACUUCAUGGCACACAUUGAAAUGACUGAUCUUUCCCAAAUCAGAGACUAGUUUUAUUGAGGAUUUCACUUGUGGGGCGUUUCCUUUCAGACACCUGCAUCCAAAAUACAGGGCGGUGUCAAUGCAAAUAGAUUAAAUUGGCUCAAUCUUUCUCAGCCUUUCAUUUAAUACAGACCAGAGUAAUGUUUUACUGUGAUGAUGAUAUAAAACAACAUACUUUAAAGUGACAGUUCACUCAAAAAUGAAAAUUCUGAAAAUUCUUAGAAGAUUUUUUGAAGAAUGUUGUUAACCGGCUUAUUCACUUGCAUUGAUUUUGUGUGCUUACAAUGGAAGUGAAUGGCUGCCAGCGCUGUUCGGUUACCAACUUUCUUCAAAAUUACUUCUGCGUUCUGCAGAAAAAAAGAAAGUCAUACAGGUUUGAAAUGACAAGAGGGUGAGUAAAUGAUGACAGAAUUUACAUAUUUAGGUGAACUAUCCUUUAUAUGUAAUUUUAUGUGAUUGUAACACUAACAAAUGUUGGGUUGUUUUCCACCCAUGGUUGGGUAAAAUAUGGACAAAACCAGUCUUUGGGUUAUAAAUUAACAUUUGCUGGGCAAUGGGUUCAAUCAACCCAAUACAGGUUUAUAACCCAACAUUUGGUUUUGUCCAUAUUUUACCCAACCAACCCAGCAUUUUUUCAAAUGAACACUAUUUAUAGAGUAUUAUAAACAUUUUGUCAUGGUUCUGCCCCAUCUUGUCUUGCUUUUCUUGAUCUAGUGGCAGAAGCAUGACAGAACCUCUUGUUUCAUGUGGAGAGGCGUUUUGGCCCUUUUGGCUUGCCAUACUCUCUCCGGUCUCGUCUCUGUUCCCGCCCUCUCGUCUCCUCAUUAUUGCUUGUUAUUGGUUUCAUGCCCUACACCUGUCCCCUCUUGAUUUGAUCCCUUAUUUAAUGCCCCUUUGUUCUCUGUCCUGGGCUGGUUCAUUGUGCGUGUAUGUGUCACUUGUAUGGUGAGUGCCUGUUCCGUGUCAGUCUAGUCUAGUCAUUUGUAGUUCAUGUUUAUGUUAAUCAUAGUCUUGUUAGGUGUAAUUAGUCUUAGUCCUGUCCUGUUGUAGAUUCCCCUGUUUUGUUACAUUACCCCCACGUGGGUCUUUGUUUUUGAAAUUACGCAUAGCUGCAGCAACAGUUUUUUUUUUCAAAUCAUACUUUCAUUCACAACUUUUUGACUUUAAGCACAGAUGAUUUGAGACUAAACAUUACAUCACUGUUUUCUACAUCACAUUGUAUUGUGCAUCUGAGAAAGCAGAGGCAAUCAUCAAAUUGACUCUUAAAUGUUCUCUCUCUCUCAAGUAGGUUAGCGUUGGGAAUUCUUGUUCAUUUUAGCAAAUCCGUUGUUACGAGUAGUUCGUUUCAGUAAACUGAAACAUUCACAGAUGAUGAAUCACUCAAUAGUGUUCCCAGAAGCCCCUGCAUGACAUUUUACUAUAGUUAUACAAAGAUAAUGCUACUUGAAAUAGCUUUACGAUAUUUUUCUUCUUUUUGUUGUAACUUGUACUUUCACUACUUUAGACUGUAUGCAGUUCAUAGCUUGUCAAGCUUAUGGCCUUCGAAAAGCAUAGAAUUACACAAGAGAACAUCACUGCGCUCCAAAAGGACAUUGAAGUUCUGUGUUCGGUGUAAUGAGUACUGAGACACGGAUGUCUCGCAAUCACAGAGGGAACAAUGAAAUCCGGAUUGCAUCUGAGACUUUUACAGGAGAAUGUCAGGACGUCUAAACGUGGGUAUUCUGUUAAACAUUAUCCAAAGCACGCUUGUAAAUACACCCGAAUAGUUGAAGCUUUUAAAAUACAUUUUGUGUAACAUCUGACUUGAUCCAGACUGGAGUGUUAUUGCGUGACCUGAACUGAGCAAAAUGAUCAUGUUUGUGUCUGACCAAAACAUACAGGAAAUAUGUCUGAACACUACAAAAUCGAUUCACAUUACAGUUCAACAUUUUUGUAAAUCACCAAGACGAAUUUGUUUUAAAUAAAACGCCUCAGUUCAUUGAAAUAACAGAUACAAGUAGUGAAUGGGACAAACUCUUUCAUCUCCAGUUUGAGAAACAGAGCCAUCACCGGUCCUCAGCUGCAGCCUCAAUGACAAUUCGACAGAAUUCCAAAGAUGCAAAUACAAAUUGGGAAAAAACAAACAAUAGUUUAUUAAGAAUUUUCGGUAGUGUAUAUUAUAAGAACCCUAAAAGUCAGUUUUUGUGAAUGCACAUAAUGUCUUCACUAUAAUUUCCAGGACAUUUCUAGUAUUACUGCACAGCAAAAUCGCCAGUGUUAACACACAUCAAAUUAACACUCACAGUGUAUAUAUAAACCCUUUUUAACACUGGCGAUUUUGCUGUGUGCCCAGGAAAACACUAUCUAACAGUUUAACCAGCCAUCUAUUGUAAAUCACACAACAUGAACAUGCUGUUUAUUGACUUAUUUAAAAAAUGAUCCCUUUUCUGAAAACAAUUAGGCAAAUUAGUCAAAUCCAGAUUUAAGUAAUUUAAGAUUUGCUAUUUUAAAUUGAAAUAGUUCAUUUAUAUGUUAACGCAUGAAAUACAUGUUUUACAUCAGCAGAGAAAUAACUGCACUGCUAUUGAAAGAAUUUUUGAAUGUUUCAAAUUGUUAUUUUGCACAAAACAUGAAAAUUGAAAAAAAAAAUGAAAAGAAAAAAACAUCUGUUAAAGCCAACAUGUAGGACUGUAUUCAAAUUAUAACAUAAACACAUGAUAACCUGCCACCUUAAUAUAAAAUUACUCAUUGACAAACACGGAUCAAUAUUGCUCUACCAUCAUCAUCUGUUAAAAAAUAUUUUAUUAUACAAAAUAUUAUAAAAAUAUUUUAAUUUGAAAGAUUAGAAAUCAAUUAACAAAACAAGCUUUUAUCUAAUUGAAUAGCAGAAAUACAGUCCAAGUGAGCCGCACUUGUACUUUAACAGAGCUGUUGUACAUUGUGUGCGUGCGUGCGUGUGUAUGUGUGUGCGCAAGUCUGAUGUAAACUGUCCUGUUCAUGAUGCUCCCACUGGGAUAUGAUUCUCCAGAUCUGACCAGACAUUCACGCCACACUACACUGCUCUUAUUGUAACACACACACAUGUUGCUACUCCUGUCUUUACUAACACUCAGACAAAAAUCAUUUGCCUUUUAAAAUUUUCAUUAUUUAGUGUGUUUACAGUAUGAAGUAAACAUUUACAUUGAGGCCAUUUUCUCCUCAAAUGUGUGUGCGUGAGUAGGAGAGCACACACAAACAACACCUUGCCUUUUUUUGUAAGCUUCCGUUUCACAUCAUUGUUUAUAUAAUUUAAUCGUAAUAACAACAGAGUACCUUUGACAGUAAUAAACAUGAGUAAUUGUUACAUAUAAAACAUCUAUGAAUAUGUGUUCCUGUUAUUACUAAUAUUACCCAUUCCUGACAAAUCUGCUAGUAUUUUUAUAAUUGCAAUAAGUACUACAGUAACUAUUACUGUUAUUGAUACAAACCUUAACAUUUUAAGUUGUUAUUUACACAAUGAUUCAGUGUCUGCAGACACAGAUAGCAGACUUCCUUUCUCAGCACAAAUGUUGCCGUCUCUUUGAUAUGAACAGCCCUGACACAGUCAGACAGACAGUGUGUCCGUUUCUUUCUCCACGGCAGUGGCCGUCAGCAGACUGAAAGGCUUGUGAUUGAGCAUCUGCCCCACACUGCCCCCAUGUGUCCACAUCCGACACUGCAACACAGAGCUCACAUAGAACACACUCAGGUGCAAACACUCCUGUGGUUUUGAUGUUAAAACAGUGUUGAAGUCUCGAGACUCGGACUCGGUCUUGAACUCGGUCUCGAGACCCUAUUUUAAUGGUCUUGGUCUUGUCAUGGACUUGUGUGCAUUUUGACUCGGUCUCGACUCGUACUCGAACAUGUUCGGAAUUGGACUUAUGCCCGAGUCCACUCGAGUCCCAUCAAAAAUAUUAAACACAUGGAAAAGACAUCCCUUUAUGGGCCAAAAAUGAAAGUUGUUUCUAUAGCUUUUCAUGGCGUCUCCUGAUUGUCUAAUAUUGAUGUCCAGUCUGUACAAAGUAAAAACUGGUUGAAAUUUUGAGUUUACACAUGGAAAUAAAUUAAGUGAGACUCUUUGAAAUAAACUGAGCUGAAUGAUUUGAGCGCAGUAAGAUAGCAAGCAACCAUUGAAUCAAGGUUAAAAAUUGAUGAUUUGUCAAUGUUCAUUGCAUUGAAUCAGUAUCACUUUUGUACCUGCAAAAAUCACCAUUAGUGUGAUCUUUUUUAGCUUUAGUUGAGCUCUUGGCUCUUCUAUUUUAAUGUUAAAUAAGGUUUCCUUCAGCCACAACUGUGUGUUAAAAUAAAUUAGUUGUGGCAAAGAGAUGACUACUUCUGAAUGGUAAUGCAUGCAUUUUGAAAUUGUUUAGAUCACUGUUAAUAAUUGGGUUUGUUUUAUUAAUGUGUCAGCUCUGAGGAUCUGUAGUUUGAUAUACUGUGAUUUUUUAGGAACUAACAUAUUCACAAUCUGUUAAACCACUUUAACACACAACGACAUCAAGAAUCUGCAUAUGAAACUCAACAAUGGUGACAAUCAACAAAAGAAAGCUUCAUGCUGCAAUGCAUGCUGGGUGAUCUGUUUAUCUGAAUUAUUUUGACGAUUGUCAUCAUUGUUGAGGGUUGUAUGAUGAGGGUUGAUGUCAGUGAAAUUUGUUUGUUUAUUUUCUCUCAAUCUCUUGUCCUAGGACUCGGACUUGACUCGGACUCGACCCUCUCUGGACUCGGUCUUGACUCGAACUCGAGCUACUCUGGACUCGGACUUGACUCGGACUCGAAUGAGCUGGUCUCGACUACAACACUCUGUUAAAAUGCUUCCUUUUAUCACAGCUUAAUAUGCAGAGACAACUACAAGUAUAGACCUUUCCCAGGCUCAUCCUCCUGAGUAAAAUACUGUGGCUCUGUGGUGCUAUCCAAAAAAUUUGGUGUGUUUGAGCAACCUGACCAAUCCAACACAGCAACGUUGACUCAACCAAUGGCGUCUGUUUCGAGGCAUGACCUUGAACACUCUCCAGGCACUAAAUGCCAGUAAAAAUGGACUUUGGCGAUUAAGUAAAACUGGCAGUUGGCUUGUGUUGUGAACAACUGGGUCCCACUGUUCAAAUUAAAUCCCCAAUUCCACUGAAAUAACCUGUAAGAGGAACUUUAUUGAGUGCCUGAGUAGAAAUCCUACAAAAUUACUUUAUAAUAUGUGGUCAUUAAUGUCUUUUAAAUGAUAUGUUGUCUAUAAUGGUAUUCUGUAUGUAACCAAGGUAAUUUGUUGUGAAAUUAUUUCUCUUUUGUGCAAGUUUUUUUUUGGUGGGGGGGAAAACAAACCCCCAGCAGUCCUGGACCUCUAAGGGGAAGCUCUCGCCCAGUGCAUUUGAGACAGUUGAUAUACAUUUCGGAACAAAAACACAUCUUUUGUUAAGAAUGAAAAAUAGGUCCUAGGUGGAAUAAUAUGACAGGAAGAGUGAACUUCAAUGUAAAAACGAUAACCUGAAUCUAACGGUUCUUGAUAGGGUUCGCUGUAUAAAAAAAACAUAAAAAUGGUCAUUGUCCGGCAGCUAGGGCACCAGUAAAGUUUUUCGGGUAAAUUUGCAGUCUUUUUCUGUAAUUUGAUGUUUUUUAACAGUAUUUCAAAAAUACACUGUAAAAAAUCCUGUUUUUUUCCACAGCUGGGGUGCAUGUAAAAUACUGUAAAAGAAUAAUUUUGUCACAUAAAAUGUUUCUUGUAAAUUUGCAGUCUUUUUUACCGUAUUUCAAAAAUACAUGAAACGUCAGUAAAAAAUAAAAUUACCGUUUUUUAUCAGGAUUCUACAAUUUAGUUCAAUAAAUAACUGUGAUUAUGGCAAUAAAUUGUCUGGUUUGCAGCUUCAAUAGUCGGGGGCACUGAGCUUGCAUUAACGGAGCCAGUGGGGCUAUAACAGCCUUAGCCAACGGGUUGGCGCGUAUGGUUGCGUUGAUUUUGGUAAUGUGUUGUAAUGGUAUGCCAUACGGGACCGGGGGCACUGAGCACGCAU